AUGGUACACGCCGGUGUCAAGUUAUGUGUUCCGUUGGCAGUUGGUACGAUAUGCAUGUGUCUUGGAGUGGCGCUUGUCUUCGUAUUGGACAACAUUGUACAUUCUAUGGUGAACACAAAAAUGACUUUAACCAAUACAUCAGCAAUGUACAAUAGCUGGAAAAACCCACAAGCUCCAGUAUAUAUGCAGUUCUACGUCUAUGAUAUCAUUAAUUCUUACGAGGUACAACACGGUAAAGAGUUGCCUUAUGUUAUCCAGAAAGGUCCAUAUACUUAUAAGGGUUAUCGACCAAAGAUUGACGUCCAUUUCAAUAACAAUGGGACAGUCUCGUAUACUCAGAAUGUCACAUACUUCUUUGAUCGCAGCAUGUCAUCUGGGUGGGAUAACGAGACUUUGACAACAAUUAACAUUCCAUUAAUAAGUGUAGCUAGCAUGGCACGAUACAUGCCAGAUUUACUGCAGACAUUGAUCGAGGCACUGGAGAAAGUGUCUGGUGCCGAGCUGUUUAUGAAGAAAACAGUCGCUGAACUUUUAUGGGGUUAUGAUGAUGAUAUGCUGAAGUUUAUUAUGAACUUAACAAAAAAACGGUUUAUUAAAUCAGAUAAGUUUGGGAUUUUUAUAGGGAUGAAUAAUUCAGACAAUGGUAUGCACACUGUUUAUACAAGUGCUGAUAAGCUAAAUAUUAUUGACAAAUGGCAAGGGUUAUCUAGUCUACCAUGGUGGAAUGACCAGUAUGCAAAUAUGAUCAAUGGCACCGAUGGUUCACAAACUCCACCAUUUUCUGAUCGAUCCAAACCUACUUAUUUAUUCUCAGCGGACAUUUGCAGAUCGGUUUAUGGAGUGUUUGAGAAAGAAGUCGAAGUGAGAGGAAUCACGGCUAAUCGAUUUGUCCUUGACUCCUAUAUACUGGGCAAUGUCACAGAUAAUCCAGAUAAUGCAGCAUAUUGUACACCUAAAAACAACUGUCUUCCAUCAGGGCUACUCAAUACGAGCGUUUGCCACGAAGGUGCACCGAUUGUUUAUUCAUUUCCGCAUUUCCUGUACGCCGAUAAAGACGUGAUAUUACCGUGUAUGAACCCAAACAAAGAAGAACAUCAAACACUAGUUGAAUAUGAUUAUGUUACUGGUAUAUCGAUGAGUGUUUAUAAACGAAUGCAAGUAAAUGUCCAUUUAACAAGGCAAAAAGAUAUCAGUGACCUUUCUGAGAUAAAUGAUGUUUAUUAUCCAGUUUUGUGGUUAAAUGAGUCGUUUACAAUAGACGAAGCCAGUGCCACCAAAUACAAACAUAUGGUACUUGUACCUCUGUACUUGGCCAAAAUAACGCCAUGGGUUGUGUUCGGUAUUGGAUGCCUCAUUGUCAUCAUUGCCCUGAUUUUGUUGGCUAGAAAACAAAGAAGAAGAUAUCAGACGCCUCUGCAUGGUAAUUCGAUACAAGAGAAUCACGACAAGGAACCCAUACUGGAUGGAGCAACUGCAGAAAAAGCUUAGAACAAUGGAAUCAGCAUGUACAUUACCAAUAUACUGGUCGAUCAGAUGAAUAUGUAUGACAUUGCACAGACAAUUGAUAUACUGGUACAGUGUUGAUAUUUGCUGUUAUUCACCAAAAACCAAA